AUGCCUACGGUAGUCUUCAUUCUUGGCCUGGCUGUGAUCGCGGGAUGCUCCCACUUUGAUGCUUUUUCCUGGCAAGAUUACCCCGAGGCCUACGACGAGUUUCCCGAGGAGUACGCCCGAGUCCGAUAUCCAGAGCUGAAUGACGUGGAUCCGGUAAUGAUGAGGAACAGUUAUGAAAGGCGUGUACCGCCGAAGCCAGAGCAAUCAAGCAUUAUGGAUACGUAUGAGACCUUCAAACGACAGGCAGAACGCGUUGCCGUGCCGGGUGACGAGUACAACAAACUGGUGGGAUACGCAACUACAGGGUCAGGCCGGACACAAGCUCUUAGCUGGCAAGCAGCGACCGUUAUGUCGAUCCUCUGCGUUGGAGCCGCUGUCAUUGGUGUUGUCUUGGGCGUGAUGUACUGGCCGAAGUAA